CUUUCAGGCACAGGAAUUCGUAGCCAGUAUGACGUCACUCAUCCUGUAUUUCGGUCUUAUUUUUCACCGGGAGCUACUAGUCGCGGGGUCUCACUCCACACGGACUCCGUUUUUUUAAAGCAUGCAUCCUGUUUAAAAGGACGACGACGCUCGCUUCACAGAGUAGAUGGACGACACAGAAGGGCCAAACGAUUGUUACUGUGCUGGCUGUGGAGCGAGAGUCCACGAGCCGUUCCACAUGAAGGUCUUGCAGGAUACUUGGCACGCCGCCUGCUUCCAGUGCUCUGUGUGCUGUGACCACCUGACCAACUGGUAUUAUGAAAAGGAUGGGAAGCUGUACUGUCGCAAACACUACUGGGAGAAGUUUGGAGAGCUGUGUCAUGGAUGCUCGCUGCUCAUGACUGGACCUGCCAUGGUGGCCGGAGAACACAAAUAUCAUCCUGAGUGCUUUGUGUGUCUCAGCUGCAAAGUGGUGAUUGAAGACCAGGAUACCUAUGCCUUAGUGGAGCGCUCCAAACUAUACUGCGGGAAGUGCUACAAGCAGGUGAUCCUCACGCCAAUGUUGGAAAAGCGCUCGCACGACUCUGUCCUGGAUUCCCACCCACACACGGUGAUGCUCAUCUCAAUGCCCUCAGCGGCCAACGGCAAGAGGGGCUUUUCUGUUUCGGCGCUGCGGGACGUCAACGGCUCCGCGAGUGUCCAAGUCAAAGAGGUCAGAGGGAUGCUCAUUAGCCCUGAGGUGCGGAAUGCCAUCCACGUUGGAGACCGCAUCCUUGAGAUCAAUGGUGUUCCAGUGGGGACACUGCUGGAGGAAGAGGUGGAUGACCUCAUCCAUCGCACCAGUCAAACAUUACAGCUGCUUAUAGAGUACGACCCGGUGAGGCAACGUUUGGACCGUCUCUGUCUGGAAUCGUCUAGGAACGUCCUGGGAGUACCGGCAACUUCCCGCAUGCGCCUUUCCUCGCCAUCCAAUGCGGUCCUGGAAAGAACCCAGGUGGACCACGGCACACUAAAGAGGAGAUCUUUGAGGCGUAGUAACAGCAUCUGCAAGUCGCCUGGGCCGAAUUCCCCCAAAGAGCAUCUUUUCAUUACCAGAGACAUCGGACGCUCGGAAUCUUUGAGGUCGUCCAGUAGUUGUUCUCAUCGCAUCUUCAGACCGUGUGACCUCAUCCACGGCGAGGUUUUAGGGAAAGGCUUCUUUGGACAGGCUAUCAAGGUGACCCAUAAAGCCACUGGAGAGGUGAUGGUGAUGAAGGAGCUGCUUCGAUGUGAUGAGGAGACCCAAAAAACUUUCCUCAAGGAGGUCAAAGUCAUGCGCAGUUUGGACCACCCUCAUGUCCUCAAGUUCAUCGGAGUACUCUAUAAGGACAAGAGGCUGAAUUUGAUCACAGAGUUCAUCGAAGGGGGAACACUCAAGGACUUCAUCAGAGACACUGAUCCAUUUUCAUGGGAGCAAAGAGUGAGUUUUGCAAAGAGCAUCGCCUCUGGCAUGUCUUACCUUCAUUCUAUGAGCAUCAUACACAGAGACCUCAACUCUCACAACUGCCUUGUCAAACUGGACAACACAGUGGUUGUCGCUGACUUUGGACUGUCACGACUCAUCGUAGAAGAAAAAGUGAAACCAGCACCUGAAAAGAACACCAAGAAGAGAGUUUUGCGACGGAUUGACCGGAAAAAAAGGUACACCGUAGUCGGAAACCCCUACUGGAUGGCGCCAGAGAUGCUGAACGGUAAACGCUACGAUGAGAAAGUGGACAUUUUCUCAUAUGGAAUUGUUCUUUGUGAGAUCAUCGGGAAGGUCUACGCAGACCCAGAAUGUCUCCCGAGAACUCUGGACUUUGGUCUGAAUGUGGGAAAGUUUGUGGAGAAGUUCCUCCCUGAAGACUGUCCACCAGCGUUCUUUCCGCUGGCCGUCGCGUGCUGUGACCUCACACCAGACAACCGUCCCCCAUUCCAGAAGCUGGAAGACUGCUUCAAAGCACUAUCCCUCAACCAGGAGUUGGGCAUCCCCCUCCCGUCCGAAUUAGAUGAACUCCAUCAGAGUCUGAGUCGACUCCACUGGCCCAAAGACAGUUCCUCCCAAUCACCUAGCCCAGAUGAACCACAGUCCCCUAAAGCGGCCUCUCCGGACUGUUCCGGCACGUCAGACAAUGGCACUUAAAGCCUGUCUCGCUUUUAAGCUACGUGACCCCUCUGACCUGCUGAACUCAUAACAUGGAACAGCGAGAGGAAAACUGUUCCUCGGCCAUGUGAGGAACCCCCAGAAAAAUCCUUUUGGGCCACCUGUGUUUUGGAAUGCAAGUUGGAUGCAUUUCAGGAUGACACUUGUUACUUUUGACACUAAGUCAUUGCACACAGGUCUUAAACUCAUGUUUACGACGCAGAAAUGCAAUAACUAGCUUGCUGUGGUUUGGUUCCAAACACCAAUUUGGGCCACAUUUGACAAGGAGGGAUUCUGCUUGUCAAAUUCAGUGAUCCAUGUUUGUCCAGCAGAGGGAGUCCUCCCUCCAGCGCUCAGUAGAAAACAAGGCUAGUGCAGCAAUAACACACAAAUUACCAUCUGUACAUUUGAAUUAAGGCAGUGUUUAAUCUCACCAUUCUUUCAAGGUUGUUUCAGGUUCUUGCACUUUUGUACCUUUUUGUAGCAGUUUAUCUCGUGUUACAUUCAUGUUUUAUCAUUCUCUGGCAAAUUAUCACCAAUCGUAGGUCAUGUUUUCCAUACACUUGCUGCUUCUUUAUAGUUCUUAAAGGGCUCGUCGAGACACUAUGACCUUUAAAACCUGUUUUGUACAUACCAAAUGGAUUAGUUGUCCAUUUUAAACGCAGAUUUUGUACAUAAGCCUCAAUAUGAGGUUUCUUUUUAAUGGGAAUUUAGAUUUUAGACAUUUCAAUUCACUGUGGAUGUUGUCACUAUGUUAUUAGCUGUUAUUCUAAUUAGUGUCAAGGUACUGACAAUGUACGGAGCCCUUAAAGGGACAUCGACAGAAAUAAAAUAAAUUUAAACCGUCUGGUUUAGUAUGUGGUGCGAUCUGGUAAACAUUAGUAUUAUAUAGCAUUUAAGCUAGCGGACUUUUGCUAUGGAAGUUAGCCAAUUGUCUUUU